AUGGAAUCCGUGACUGCUACAAGCGUGGAAACGGCUUCUACCCCUACCUUGCGACGCCGAACCGAUGAUCGUACACGCGAAUUCAACAGCAACGGGAACAGCAAUGCGAACGGUGGUACUCCGAUAUUGAUAAGGAGAUAUAGACAUGUUGCAGCCAUUCAUUCCGAAGCAAGGCCGUCAACUCUCAGCCAUGACGCCCUUACGGCUCCUAGCUUUCUGGGCUUUCGAAAUCUGAUGGUCAUAGUCCUUGUUGCCGGAAACCUGCGGUUGGUUAUUGAAAAUCUUCAAAAAUAUGGCAACUUGAUUUGCUUCAACUGCCACGGAGUUUCAAAGCAUGAUCUUCUCAUGGGACUUGGUCUCUACUUCGUGAUACCGUGUUUCCUCUGGGUUGCCCAUUCAAUUGAACUAUUUGCUGCACAACAAGCUAAAGCAUCGAGAGCUCUGGCCAUCCGCCGGGGAGGCUCGGCCAGUCCGACUGAAGACCAGUCGAAAGUCUUCAGGGCCAUGUGGAUCAGAGUCAGAUGGCUACAUGGGCUGAACGCAACUCUCGCUUUGGGUAUUACCAGCUGGGCGGUAUACAAUCAUAUUCACCAUCCCUUGAUUGGGACCGCGACAGAACUUCAUGCCAUUAUUGUCUGGCUGAAGACGGCCUCUUAUGCCUUGACGAACCGAGAUCUGCGCCAUGCGUACUUACAUCCGGUGAAGGGCGAGUUGGCUGCGCUUCCCGAGAUAUAUGCAAAAUGCCCAUACCCAGAGAAUAUCACCAUGGGAAACCUAGCUUACUUCUGGUGGGCCCCAACUUUGGUGUAUCAGCCAGUAUAUCCGAGGACAGAAAAGAUACGAUGGAAGUUCGUCUUUAAGAGACUUGGCGAGACCAUUUGCUUGAGUGUACUGGUAUGGUUUUGCAGCGCUCAAUACGCUGCUCCUGUCUUGGAGAAUUCCAUCAACAGUAUGAGCACGUUGAGAGUUACAUCAAUUAUUGAGCGACUCCUAAAACUAUCCACAAUAUCGCUCGUCAUCUGGCUGGCCGGGUUCUUUGCAACCUUCCAAUCCUCCCUGAAUGCACUGGCCGAGAUUACGAGGUUCGGAGACCGCAACUUUUAUGAUGAUUGGUGGAAUGCGACCAGUUUGCGCGACUACUGGAAUAUGUGGAAUAAACCAGUUCAUGCGUUCAUGCGACGCCAUGUCUAUUCUCCAAUGAAGGGUCGCGGAUAUAGCCAGAACGCCAGUUUCUUUGCAGUCUUCUUCGUCUCGGCUGUCUUGCAUGAGAUGGCGGUCGGUGUCCCGACACACAAUGUCAUAGGUACCUCGACAGGCGUUGCGUUUCUAGGCAUGAUGUUCCAACUGCCUCUGAUAGUAAUUACGGACUGGGUCAAGAAGGCAGUGGGUGAACCGAGCGGCAAGAUCAUUGGCAAUUGCACGUUCUGGAUCACGUUCACCAUACUCGGCCAGCCAUCUGCUGCGUUGAUAUACUAUUAUGCGUGGCAAGUGAAGUUUGGAAGCGUCAGCAGAAUGACUGCAGUCGGACCGGGCUUGUAG